AAUCCAAAGUGAACGGUACAAAGCUAUACAAGAAGUUAAAUGGAGAUUCUGAUUUCUAUUGCCAUUCUUGCUCUUCUCUUUUCCGGAGUAGUAGCUGGUCCAAACGACGAUGUUUUCGAAGAGGUUAGGGUUGGAUUGGUGGUUGAGUUGAGUUCUAUACAAAGCAAGAUUCUGGAGACUUCUUUUAACUUGGCGCUUUCAGAUUUCUAUGGCAUCAACAAUGGAUACCGAACCAGAGUCUCUGUUUUGGUCAGAGACUCCCAAGGUGACCCGAUCAUUGCUCUUGCCGCCGCUACUGAUCUUCUAAAAAAUGCAAAAGUGGAAGCCAUUGUUGGUGCACAAUCAUUACAGGAAGCAAAGCUUUUGGCAACGAUUAGCGAAAAAGCUAAAGUUCCGGUCAUAUCUACUUUCUUGCCAAACACGUUAUCUUUGAACAAAUACGAUCACUUUAUUCAAUGGACGCAUGAUACGAAGUCAGAGGCUAAGGGGGUUACGAGUCUCAUAAAAGAUUUUAGCUGGAAAUCGGUUGUGGUUAUAUACGAGGAUGCUGAUGAUUGGAGAGAGAGUUUGCAAAUAUUGGUUGAGAAUUUUCAAGAUAAAGGAAUCCAUAUCGCUCGUUCUGCUUCUUUUGGAGUCUCAUCAUCAGGAGAAAAUCAUAUGAUGAAUCAGCUACGGAAGCUCAAGGUAUCAAGAACAACAGUUUUCGUGGUGCAUAUGUCUGAGUUUCUUGUUUCUCGUCUUUUUCGAUGUGUUGAGAAGUUAGGUUUGACGGAAGAAGGGUUUGCUUGGAUCCUCACUGUGAGAACCAUGAACUACUUGGAACGUUUUGCAACAACCAGGUCAAUGCAAGGGGUCAUUGGUUUCAAAUCUUACAUUCCCGUAUCUGAAGAAGAAACGAAUUUUACUUCAAGAUUGAGGAAACUUAUGGGUGAUGAUACAGAAACAGAGCAUUCUAGUAAAAUCAUCGGUUUACGAGCACACGAUAUAGCUUGUAUUCUAGCAAUUGCAGUAGAGAAGAUUAGUGUAAGAGGUAAAGCUGAAGCAUCUUCGAAUGUAUCAGCUGAUCUUCUGGAUACAAUUAGACAUAGUAAAUUCAAGGGUUUGAGUGGUGACAUCCACAUCUCUGACAACAAAUUUAUCUUAGAGACAUUUGAAAUCGUGAAUAUUGGAAGAGAAAAACAGAGAAGGAUAGGGUUAUGGAGUGGUGGUAGUUUUAGCCAAAGAAGACAGAUUGUUUGGCCUGGCGGGUCUCGUAAGAUCCCAAGACACCGUGUUUUGGCAGAGAAAGGUGAAAAGAAGUUGCUUAGGGUCUUAGUUACCGCAGGAAACAAGGUCCCGAAUCUAGUGUCGGUGCGUCCCGAUCCUGAAACAGGUGUUAAUACAGUCUCAGGAUUCUGCGUAGAGGUUUUCAAGACUUGCAUUGCUCCUUUUAACUACGAGCUUGAAUUCAUACCUUAUCGUGGAAACAAUGACAAUCUUGCUUAUCUACUCUCUACUCAGAGUGACAAAUAUGAUGCAGCAGUUGGUGAUAUCACCAUCACUUCCAACAGAUCUUUGUAUGUUGAUUUUACUUUGCCUUACACAGACAUUGGUAUUGGAAUCUUGACAGUAAAAAAGAAAAGCCAAGGAAUGUGGACUUUCUUUGAUCCUUUUGAAAAAUCCUUGUGGCUAGCAAGUGGAGCUUUCUUCGUCUUGACUGGGAUUGUUGUUUGGUUAGUUGAACGGUCCGUUAAUCCGGAAUUUCAGGGCUCUUGGGGACAACAGCUUAGUAUGAUGCUCUGGUUUGGAUUCUCUACCAUUGUGUUUGCUCACAGAGAGAAGCUACAAAAAAUGUCAUCAAGAUUCUUAGUCAUAGUUUGGGUUUUUGUGGUGUUAAUAUUGACUUCAAGUUACAGCGCAAACUUGACAUCAACCAAGACCAUUUCUCGCAUGCAAUUAAACCAUCAGAUGGUUUUCGGGGGAUCUACAACGUCAAUGACUGCGAAGCUCGGAUCCAUUAAUGCAGUUGAGGCAUAUGCACAACUUUUACGAGAUGGAACUCUUACUCAUGUCAUCAAUGAAAUACCUUAUCUCAGUAUCCUUAUCGGAAAUUAUCCCAAUGAUUUCGUAAUGACUGAUAGAGUGACUAAUACCAAUGGCUUUGGCUUUAUGUUCCAGAAAGGUUCGGAUUUGGUUCCUAACGUAUCGCGAGAAAUCGCGAAGCUAAGGUCAUUAGGAAUGUUGAAAGACAUGGAGAAAAGAUGGUUUCAGAAACUGGACUCAUUAAAUGUACAUUCCAACAUCGAGGAAGUUGCAUCUACCAACGACGAUGAUGAGGCAUCUAAGCGAUUCACCUUCCGAGAGUUGCGCGGUUUGUUCAUCAUUGCGGGAGUUGCUCAUGUUCUAGUACUAGCCCUGCAUCUCUUUCAUAUGCGUCAAGAGCCACUAGAUCAUUCCGACCCCUCCUCCACGUUCUUCUCUCUUUUAAAUAGACCCUUCACGGACCCUUCUCACUCACCUAUCCUCACUGUAAAAUCUCUCUCUGUGAAUCUCAUCUUCAACCUCUCUUACACUCGCGUUUUCGAUUCAACAAUGGCUGACAAGAAGAUUAAGAUCGGAAUCAACGGAUUCGGAAGAAUCGGUCGUUUGGUUGCUAGAGUUGUUCUUCAGAGGGACGAUGUUGAGCUCGUCGCUGUUAACGACCCCUUCAUCACCACUGAGUACAUGACCUACAUGUUCAAGUAUGACAGUGUUCACGGUCAAUGGAAACACAAUGAACUCAAGAUCAAGGAUGAGAAGACCCUUCUCUUCGGUGAGAAGCCAGUCACUGUUUUCGGCAUCAGGAACCCUGAGGAUAUCCCAUGGGCCGAGGCUGGAGCUGACUACGUUGUUGAGUCUACCGGUGUCUUCACUGACAAGGACAAGGCUGCUGCUCACUUGAAGGGUGGGGCCAAGAAGGUUGUCAUCUCUGCCCCCAGCAAAGACGCACCCAUGUUUGUUGUUGGUGUCAACGAGCACGAAUACAAGUCCGACCUUGACAUUGUCUCCAAUGCUAGCUGCACCACUAACUGCCUUGCUCCCCUUGCCAAGGUUAUCAACGACAGGUUUGGAAUUGUUGAAGGUCUUAUGACAACAGUCCACUCUAUCACUGCUACUCAGAAGACUGUUGAUGGUCCAUCAAUGAAGGACUGGAGAGGUGGAAGAGCUGCUUCAUUCAACAUUAUUCCCAGCAGCACUGGAGCUGCCAAGGCUGUCGGAAAGGUGCUUCCAGCCCUUAACGGAAAGUUGACCGGCAUGUCUUUCCGUGUCCCAACCGUUGAUGUCUCAGUUGUUGACCUUACUGUCAGACUCGAGAAAGCUGCUACCUAUGAUGAAAUCAAAAAGGCUAUCAAGGAGGAAUCUGAAGGCAAACUUAAGGGAAUCCUUGGAUACACCGAGGAUGAUGUUGUCUCAACUGACUUCGUUGGUGACAACAGGUCGAGCAUUUUUGACGCCAAGGCUGGAAUUGCAUUGAGCGACAAGUUUGUGAAAUUGGUGUCAUGGUACGACAACGAAUGGGGUUACAGUUCCCGAGUGGUCGACUUGAUCGUUCACAUGUCAAAGGCCUAAGCUAAGAAGCAGAUCUCGAACGACGAGGAGUGGAAAGUCAUAUGUUCAUCCUCUUUUAUGGUCUGAAUUUGUCGUUUUCGAAUAAAAUUUCUUUGAACUU